GAGCAUGAGAUCAAGACCGCCAGCGGAAUUCCUCUGCGUGUCUACGUGCAGCCCUCGCGCUCAAAGAACGCCAUUGUGACCUAUCACGACAUUGGCACUAACCACCUCUCGUUUACGGGCUUCUUCUCGUACCCUGAGAUGCGGGUAAUUACUCGUCACUUUACUGUCUAUCACAUCUGUGCCCCUGGUCACCACGAGGGAGCCGAUGCCAUUGCGGCCAGAGCCCUAGAAUUCAAGUACGUGAGUGAAGCAAUCUGUCGGUUGACCCACCAACCCGGAAGCGAUCUGGAAAAUGCUGUGCCAUCUGGGAAUUACGAUUCACCGGCUUUGUUCUUGGACGAAUCAUUUCCGUUCCCGUUCCGUUUCCAUUAA